AUGAACUGGAAUUGUUGGGAUUGCAUUCUAGAUUUGCAAGCUGUGCUCAUGCAUGACCCUGAUAACGCAGAAGCAAAGGCGUUGCUUCAGUCUCGGUCGUUGACUAUUGAUAAGCUCCUCUCACCGACAUCAACCAACGGCGGAUUCUCCGGUGCCUCUCCCGCCCCUCGCCAACUCGAACGCAUAUCGAUCGAAAUAUGGCGAGAAAUCGCGCUCUUCUUGCCUAAACGAGAUCUCAAAACCUUGCUUUUUGUGCCGCAUAUCCUUUCCCGCGUUGCUUCUCAGCUGUUGUUCCGAGAGUUGGAUCUGCAUUUUAGUAGUGGUGAUUCGGGCGUGGGCGAGAGUGAUGAUGAGGGGAAUGGGGGUGGUGGUGGUGGUGGUGGAGGUCGGGAGGGUGGAGGUGGCGGGCUCAUCGCGGGUGGACUUAUAGGUUUAAGCUCGAUGGGGAUGGGUAUGGGAGGGGCUGGUGGGAUCGUAGGAGGAGGAGGGGGCUACAGUAGUUCGACGAUGGCGAUGACAGCCCGGGACUCGGGAGGUUAUAGGGAUAGAGAAGCGAUGUAUGAAGAGAGGGAGAGGGAUGAAGGUCGGCAUGCGCAACGUACUGCGGAUAUCUUGACGAGGUUGAUUGUGGACCAGAAGUUUGCGAAUGCGGUUAGGACGUUGAAGAUUUAUUGUAGUUCGAGGAGGGAUCGAGAUGGGUCUAUGGCUUUUCAGACUGGGAUGCUCACGAAUGUGUUGCCCAAGUUGGUGAAUUUGAAGAAUAUGUAUAUUUCGGCGACGAGUGAGAGUAUUAUACCUGUGUUGAGGAUAUUGCAGGUUACGGGGACCAAGUUGCAUGGGUUGUCGUUGCAUUCGCCCGAUUCACCUGCUGAUCUAUCCUUCCUCGACAUCCGCGGCCUGAACCACUUCUCGUAUACGACGAGCGGCGGCACGCUCAAUUCGCUCACGCCCUUCUUCGCCUCAAAUCGGAGCACCAUUUCUUCCCUCUCGCUCGAAAACCUCUCGCCAUCACCACACUGGACGUUCCCCGUCGCGCACGUCUCCGUCCGCAACCUCGUCUCGCUCAACUUUACGGGCCACUUCAACAAGGAGCAUGGCGCGGCUGUUUUGGGCGAGAUAUUGCGGGAGGGUAGGCAGCUCGAGACGCUGAGCAUUGUGUGUGCCGCGUUGGAGAGCGGGAACCUUUCGAGGGAGUUUAGGAGUGCUAGUGUGGGUUGGAGUGGGCCGCUGGGUGCUGGGGUCGGAGCUGGACCUGGAGGUGGUGUUCUCGCGAUCAAUCCGUUUGGGAUCGGGAUGGGAGGACCGGGUAGUGUGAGCUCACCCUCGCUCAACGACAAUGGUACCCCCGUCUCCCUCCCCUUCCUCCGCAACUUUGCCUUCACGGUCGCCUCCAUCGGACGGCGGACGACCGACCGGGACCUCUUCCCGUCCAUCGCCGAGUUUCUACGCGGGCGGCGGCAGCUGCGGAGUCUCCGGCUCAUCGCGAGCUGUGACGAGCAGCAGAUGCAGCACAGUGUGAGCGAUGCGCAGGCGAUACAGAGUGCUGUUGGGUUUGAGGCUGCUGUGUGGGGUGUGCUUCCUAGUUUGGAGGGGUUGAGGGCGUUGGGGAUUACGUAUCCUGUGGAUUUGAGUGCUGGGUUGGCGAGUUGGUUGAUUCCGAGGAGUGUGAGGGCGUUGAUGCUUUCGGUGGAUUAUGGGAGUCCGUGUAUGAGGGAUCCGGUUAAUUGGUUGAAUUCGUUGAGACAUGGUAUCCCUCCUGAUUUGAGGUUUAUUGGGCUCUCUGAGCUGAAUAUUCGACAUCCGUCGGAGAUUGUGGAUCGGGGGUUCCCGAUGGUUCGUGUUAUGAGGGUUGGCCAGAAUUAUUGGACUGUGCAUAGACGCAAGGUUGGGUCGUCGAGUUAUGGUACACCACCUACACACCCAGCUUCGGCGGCGCACGAUGCUCGGUCGAUGGUUGCUCACCAUAUCCCAGCUGGACACGGCCACAUCCCACCCAGUUUGAGCGCGUCCUCACCUCGCACAUCGGCUGCGUCGCAUUCGGCUUCGAGCAACCCGUAUGCUUCCAUCGGUGCAUCCUCGAAUCGUCGUAGUUCGCCACCUUCGGGUUCGAGUGGGGGCAAUGCCUCCUCUUCAAAAGGCACGUCGCAUGAACGGUUGAUGAGCUUGAUGCGGCCUGCGACGCAUGUGGGGCACCCACAUAGUGGGCAUACGCAUGGACAUCCGGGGUCAAGUAAUCCUCAUCCCCCACAUGCGAUUUUGCUUAACCCUGUACCUGGCUCCUCGUCGUCUUCGGCGGGGGGUGCGGGGCAUUACGGCUCGUCUGGCUCGGGGUCGUCGUCGGCGGGUGCGAGUGGGCAUCAUACGUCUGGAUCGUAUGCUUCUGGUUCGGGGAUUAUGAGUGCUGGUAUUUUGCACCAUCCGUCUUCGGGGUCUUCGUCCUUGCAUAGUGGUGCUUCUUCGACCUCUGGUACGCCUGGCUCGGUGUCGAAUUUGAUUUCGGCGCCUAGUGGGCAUCGGGGUGUUGGUGUUGGUGGUGGUGCGGGUGGUGGAUCUGGACAUGGGCAUGGUGGGGGUGUUGGUGUGGGUGUUGGGGUUGGUGUGGGAGUGGGAGGUGCGGGGAUGACGGAGUUGGAGAUGUGGCCGAGGAGGAGGAUUGUUUAUCAUGCUGCUGAGUGGCUGGAGUGGCUUGGAUGUGAGGAUGCGCUUGUUAGAGAUCCGAGUGCGUAUCCUGCUUGGACUAUGUGUAUGUAG